UCUUCCCAAGUCACUGCCAUUUCUGCUAAGUUGUAAUCUAUUUCAUGUUCCAAAGUGCCAUCAGAUGAAAGCACUGAUCGAUCUAGACCAUCUAAUUAGCUCUAUAAACACUUUCAAGUGCUUACAGUAAUAACUUCUAUGUGAUGCCUGACACACCUCCCAGAGUUGUGCAGAACUGAUAUCCUACCUAUCCAAACCUAAAAGCGAACAGAAGAAUCCAAUAAGACUACUACUAAGCAUCAAACCCCUGCUAUGGAUCAACUCCAUACUCUAUUAGUCAUGUCCUCAUGAUUAGAAGAGCCUUCUGCAGUGCCUGAUUGCUUUCUUCAAGGCUUGUGACGAUGGGAGUAAUUCGAGUAUGGCUUCUUCUGAUGUCGAUCAUGGCUCUUGCGGUUCCGGAAGCCUGUUCUGAGCUAAAUGGCCUGAGAUUAGAGCUCGCCCAUGUGGACUCCAAUGGCAACUUCUCAAAACUUGAGCUGCUCCAACGAGCAGCGCUGCGGAGCAACCACAGGAUGGCAAGGUUGACAGCUGCAGCGUCUGGCAACAAAGUCCAAGCUCCGGUCCACGCCGGCAGCGGCGAGUUCCUCAUGGACUUGGCCAUUGGCACGCCUGGUCUUGCCUUCUCGGCCAUCAUCGACACUGGGAGCGACCUCAUAUGGACGCAGUGCAAGCCCUGCGUGGAGUGCUUCAGCCAACCUACUCCAGUAUUCGAUCCCUCGAGCUCGUCCACGUUCACGAAGCUGCCAUGCUCCAGCAACUUGUGCCAGGCUCUCCCUACCUUCAGAUGCGGCGCCUCCGGCUGUGAGUACCUGUACUCUUAUGGCGACUCCUCAUCGACUCAAGGUGUUCUUGCAGGUGAAACCUUCACGUUUGGGACUGCGAACCCGACUUCGGUGUCCAACAUCGCCUUCGGCUGCGGCGACACAAAUCAAGGCAGCGGCUUCUCUCAGGCCUCGGGUCUCGUGGGUCUCGGUCGUGGACCGCUGUCGUUGAUAUCCCAACUAGGCCUAGGGAAGUUCUCCUACUGCCUCACCUCCUUAGACGAAUCCAAGAAUAGCCCUCUUCUGUUUGGCUCACUAGCUGAUCUCGGUGCAACCGCAGUCCGAUCCACACCUCUACGGAAGAACCCUACACAGCCAUCCUUCUACUAUGUCAGCCUCGAAGGCAUAACAGUGGGCGGGACUCGCCUGCAAAUCCCCAGCUCUACGUUCGCUCUGCAGGAAGACGGAACCGGCGGCUUGAUCAUCGACUCCGGCACCUCCAUCACCUACUUGGAACUCGCUGGCUACAGGCAGCUGAAGAAGGCCUUCCUGUCUGAGAUGCAACUCCCGGUUGCCGAUGGAUCCGAAACCGGUCUCGAUCUUUGUUUCUCGCUGCCGUCGGGGUCGUCGACGGUGGAGGUUCCCAAGCUGACGUUCCACUUUGACGGAGCCGAUUUGGAUUUGCCGGCGCAGAACUUCAUGAUCAUGGAUUCAACCACCGGUUUGCUGUGCCUAACAAUCAUGGCAUCCAGUGGCUUGUCCAUCCUCGGCAACUUCCAGCAACAAAACAUACAGAUACUCUACGAUCUGAAGAAGGAAGUCUUGUCUUUCGUGCCAACCCAGUGUGAUCAGCUGUGAAUUGCUUCUGUAGAUAGGGCAUAUAUAUGUUCCUUGGGAUUGUAUGUGCUGCUUCUGCUUUCUGUGGUUAAUGUAAUUAAUUGAUGCUUAAUGAAGUUAUCAUUUUUUUUC